AUCUUGGCCCCACCCUUGGCCCGCCUUCAUUUAGUGAGGGACCGGGAGCAUUUGCUGCUUACUCCUAGUCCAAAGAGUAAUUCCCGGUGAAAAGAAGAAGACGCUUUCCUUCUUUUUCCUUCCCGGGCGCCCAGCGUGAGCUAAGUCUAAACCCCGCUGCUGUCCCUGGGACGGUGCGUGUCAUGAGCCCCGCGUUCCCCAGUGCACCCCCGACGCUGGGGCUUCUCGGGCUCUUCUCGCUAUUGCUGCUGCUGUACUUGCCCGCGGCUCAAGGUGCCUGCAAUAUCCCUCCAGAAAUACCUAACGCCAAGCCAGAACUGAACAGCCUAACAAGUUUUCCUGUUAAUAGCACUAUAACAUACAAAUGUAAUGAAGGAUUUGUAAAAAUUCCUGGCAAAUCAGACUCAGUGGUUUGUCUUCAAUCCAAUAAGUGGUCAAAGUUGUCAGAAUUUUGUAAUCGUACUUGUAACGUUCCACCUUCAUUACGUUUUGCUUCACUCAAAAAACAGUUUAGUAAACAGAACUACUUUCCAGUGGGUUUCACUGUGCAAUAUGAGUGCCGUCCAGGAUAUAAAAGAGAUAAUAGUCUGCCAGCAAAGCUCACUUGCCUUCAGACUUCAAUGUGGUCCAAUCCCUCUGAAUUUUGUAAAAGAAAAUCAUGUUCAACUCCUCCAGAUCUGCUACAUGGUCAAGUCAGUGUAACAAGUGACAUCUUAUUGGGUUCAACAAUCACCUUUACUUGUAAUGAAGGAUAUAGGUUAGUAGGGGCACACGAUAGCCAAUGUAUUCUUAUGGAUAAAAAUGUUGUUUGGAGUGACCCACAUCCAGAAUGCACAGAAAUUUUAUGUCAUGAACCUCCAAAAAUUGCUCAUGGAGGAAUCAAAGAAACUCAGGACAGUUAUAAAUAUGGAUCAUCUGUAACUUAUAUAUGUAGUGAAGGCUUCUCACUUAUUGGGGAGAAAUCUAUUCAUUGUACUAUAAAAGAUGAACAAGGAGAAUGGAGUGGGACUCUCCCUGAAUGCAAAGAAACUGCUAUGUUGGUCCCAACAACAGCUGAAAAACCAACCACAACAAAUGCUCCAGCAACUGAUGCUCCAGCAACCCAUGUUCCACCAACAGGGCAGGCCAAUGCUACAAAAGCUCCAGCAACCCAUGCUCCAGCAACCCAUGCUCUACCAACAAAGGCCAGUGACACUAAAGCUCCAGUAACAGAUAUUCCAGCAACACCUGCUCCACCAACAGGGCAGGCCGAUGCCACAAAGGCUCCGGUAACUGAUGCUCCAGCAACCAAUGAUCCACCAACAGGUCAGGCAGAUGCCACAAAGACUCCAGCAACUGAUACUUCAGGAACUCCUGCUCCACCAACAGAGCAAGAUGAUUCCACAAAGGCUCCAGCAACCAAUACUCCAGUAACUGAUGCUCCUCCAAUAGGGCAGGCAGACGCCACAAAGGCUCCAGCAACUGAUGCUCCAGCAACACCUGCUCCAACAGGGCAGGCAAAUGCGACAAAGGCUCCACCAACAGGGCAGUCAGAUGUGACAAAGGCUCCAGCAACACCUGCUCCACCAGUAGAUCAGGCCAUCACUACAAAUGCUCCAGCCACACCUACCCCAUCAAUAGAACAGACCAAUAUCACAAAUGGUCUAGCAACACUCAUCCAGCCAACAGAACAGGAUAACGCCUCGAAUGCUCCAGCAAUGCCCACCUCUCCAAAAGAACAAACCAACAUCACAAAUGCUCCAGUCACACAGACUCCAGUGACACAGCAGGCCAGAACAACCCAUGCUACUGUAAAGUCCACCACAUCAACAACCAAAAGAUCCACCACAACUCGGAGUUCUACCAGAAUUGUCACAACUCAUCGUUCUACCACUACUGCAUCUUUUCACACAACUAGACCCAGUUCUACAAAAUUUCAUGGAAAAGAAAAUGCUCCUUCAGGUGGUGCCAUUAAUAUAUCUGGAACUGGUGUUGGUCUAAUAGUAUUGGCUGUUCUAAUAAUACUUCCGGUUUUCAUCAAACUUCUUUGUUACUGUGGGAAAUCAGGCUCUUACAAUAUUCAUGAGAUCAGCAAAGAACUUAAUGUUUUCUUACCUGAUAAAAAGGAAUCGGGCAAGCCCACUGAAGUAAGAACUUUUGGUAAAAUAAAAAAUGUCUUCUUAUCAUGGCUUUUUUUUCUGCAGCUCCUAAAAUGUUAAUCAUCAGAAUUGACUUGGGACUUUUCCAUAUCUGACAUUUAUUCUAUAUUCCAUGUUCUGUAUUAUAUUUGAUAUAGAAUAUUCUAUAUUCUGACAUUUACUACUAGAUAUGUUUUCAUUUUGGUUUCUUUCCUUUGACUAAACACAUGCAUUGUGAGAAUGUUUAUUUAUUAAUUCUUUAUAUUUCUACAAUAAAUUUUUCAUCUUAGUAAAUAAUGCUGGGGAAAGUGGAUUGUGUAUGAGAGCUUAUGCAUAUUUUUUUUUCAUUAUCCUGCUUGUGGUAAAUGGAAUGCUAAUGGUUUGCAUUUAACAUGCUACUUCUUUUUCUUUGCAGCUUUUAGGAUUUCAGGUGUUUUUUAAAAAUACUAACUUUUAAAGCAUUUUUACAGGUAUUUUGGAGUCUUUAAAAGAUAUCUAAGAGGCAUUAAUUAGGGCAGAAUAGAGUUUAGCUAAUCUUCUUCCAACAUAUGCUUCGUACAAUAAAUAAUAAUAAUAAUAUUAGUAUUUCUAAAGUAUAGAAAUACUUUACACCUUACAAAUAUUAUCCGAUUUUUCUUUCAGCAACCCUGGAAUAUAGUAGAUAUUGUUAUAUCCAUUUUACAAUUAAAAAUAGUAUAGGCUUUUCCCAAGGUUACACAAUUAGUAAGUUUCUGAGCCAGAUUUAAAUUUGAUAGCAACUUAAUUCCAGCAUUCUAGCAUCUAGCAUGCAUUUCAGCUUCCUAUUUUAUGCAGUUCUGCUAAGUACCCCCCUUGGGUACACAUUGCACAUUCAUGCAUGCACACACCAUGUCUUACUUCCACAGUAUAUUGCUUACCUGAAAGAACUUUUCAACUAGGAAACUUUUUAAAUUUUUCUAUAUUAUUCAAAAAAAAAAAAAAAAAGAAAACCAUAAGAAAUGGAUUUUCAUCUUUUAAACUGGCAAUUCUAUAGUUGCUGAACAAAGGUGCCUUGAAGAAAAGUUAUCCAUAAUACCUGGUGUAUUGCUUUUCCAUUAUUUACAAUUUCUUUCUAAUGAUGAUGCUUAGUGCUCUGUGCUUGAUGUUUUAAUCCCACUAACAAAACUAAUGCUUGAUUCAGUACUCUUUAGUUGAAAGGCAGUCUGUGAUCCUGUGUUGAUUUUUUUUUAACUUUUCAGGAAAUACAUGUAUAAUCUUGGCACUGUUGAUUAUGAAGCUAUUAACGGCUGGCUAACUAA